AUGCUGGAUGGCGUAUUACACGAACAAAAUGAUGAAAAUAUAUUUGAUAUGGCGUUUCAACAAAUUUUAGUAAUGUAUGACGCGAAGUAUGAGUACAAGAGAGAUUUUUUUUGGAGGACUUGGAGGAAAGUUCAAAACAAUGAUAAUGAAGAGGAGAUUCUUCAUUAUAAAUGCUCGAAUAUUUUAAAAGCUAACUGCACUCGGUGUAACGGUGGCUUUUGGAUAAUCGAAGAAAAAUCACCGCCUUGUCCAUAUGAAAUAUUUUCACUGAAAUCUGAUGUGGACCUUUGCGUAUUUAACUACAAUAUUCCAAAUCCCAAAGACAGUGAAUGUCCGUCUAUCAUAACAAUGAAGAUGCUAAGAAAGGCUUGCGAUCAUUUAACAGAAACAAAAUGGCGAAUAACAAAAAAAUAUAACGUCCCGGGAAAUAAUACAGCUCUAAUAUGUCAAGGACGUGAUUUCUGUGAAGUUACUACUUUAUACAACAUACUUCACAAUUCCAUUGUAUUUAGACUAAUAAAUUCUACCAAUCACAUAUUUCAUUCCAAAAUAAUGAAAAGUGGCAAGGAGAACUAUUUUUGCACAAACGAUUGCGGAAAAAUGGACCUUUCGACCAAAAAAGUUAUUAAAAACGAUAAACCUCUCAGUUUAGAUCUACUAAAUAAUACAAAAAAGAAACGAGAGGAUAAAAAAUAUGGUCAAUUAUCAGAAUUAAAUGGAUUAUUAGAAAACGGGCUGCACUAUGCAGUUAAUGGUGUUGAAAUGGCAAAAAAUAAUAUAAAAAAUGUUCAUAUUUUCGAUGAUAAUCGAUUAAAAAAAUCGGUAUCGAGUUGUAAAAAGUUACAAGAGAAAUAUUUAUUGGAGGAAAGUGGAAGCAAUGAUUACGAAUACUAC